CUAGGGCUGGAACAGCACAACUCGUCGCCACCACGAUCAAUUGGAUACAUAUAAAAAAACUCUAUACAUCCCUGCAUCUCCCCGUCAACAUCCAUCAUGUCUACGGCUUCUACCAGGGCAAUAGCUGCACCAACUCAAGGCAACUGGGGUCGUGGUCUUGGCCUCUGCUCCGGUCAGCGGGAGCCCGAGUACGAUCUCUUGCAGCCAUUCGAUGCUAUGCCACAAGAAGUAUCUGGUCCGACCGUUUGGACGAAGGAGGAGCUGGAUCGAGACACAGGGCGCUGGCUCUAUCACUUCACCGAAGAACAGAUCAGGCACAUUAGUGCUGCCGUCCACGAGAUCGAAGCAGGAGGCCUUCAACUCUCUGAAGUCAAUAAGUCGACUUUCAAGCUCCCUAACCCCUUUGUGGACUUUCUAGAUCGGAUUCGGGACCAAAUGAUCAAUGGUAUCGGCUUCUCUGUGCUUCGCGGCCUUCCCGUUGACUGCUGGUCCACUCGACAAGCCUCAAUCGCAUACCUCGGCAUCGGUUCCUACAUCGGCCGCCGCUUGAGCCAAAACCGACAGGGACACAUGCUGGGUCACAUCAAAGACCUUGCAGAGGGCAAAGAGGUUAAUGGCGAAGGCAGAAUUUAUCGCACGCAGAAAUCUCAGACGUACCAUACGGACGAAAGCGACAUCGUGGGCCUACUUUGCCUCCACCAGGCGAUGGAAGGCGGAGAGUCACAGGUGGUCUCCAGUCACAACAUCUACAACACGCUGAGACGAGAAAGACCAGACAUGCUACGCCAGCUAUGCCUGCCACAAUGGUUCUACGAUCGAAAGGGGGAGACCAGCGAGGGAGAGAAGGAGUGGAUGCGCAAACCGGGCUAUUACUUCUACAAGGGAAAGCUCAGCAUGAAGUGGGACUCUUACUACGUCGGAGCCCUGCAACGCUUCUGGGCUGCUGGGCUUCUUCCACAGUACACGGAUUCGCAGCGUGAGGCGAUCCAGGUGAUGGAAGAGAUGUGCCGCCGAUUAUCUCUGGAGAUGACGCUGCAGCAGGGUGAUAUCCCCCAACUUCCCUCUCGCCUAAUUUUUCUUGGCAUCUGCUGUUAGUGAAUGAGUGAGCCUACCACCAAAUUACU